AUGUCUGCUACGGCUAAGAAGCAAUACUAUAAUGCCGGGGUCCUGCUCUUUCCGGGCGCGGAUAUCCUGGACUUCACAGGUCCAAUGGAGGUCUUAUCCCAUGUCUUGCAUAACCGAAAUCCAGAUGACCCCGAUCGAAUGUUCACCAUCCGGAGUAUUGCACAAAGCACUACUAUUCGCGCUGCGAAUGCAUUGAUCGUGCAGGUCGACACGACUCUCGACCAUGCGCUGGAAAAUAUCUCCGAGUACGACAUUCUGGUCGUGCCAGGAGGGCCGCCCUCUGUGCUACAACCCAUGGUUGAUGCCAAUGUGCCCGAGGUGGAGCUCAUCCGCAACUUUGCGCGUCUACCCCGGACUUCCUCACAGCGGCCGCGUCUGUUAUUCUCGGUUUGCACCGGCGCUUUUUUGCUGGGUGCUGCGGGUAUUUUGUCGGGUCUGACUGUCACUACUCACCAUCGAGCCAUUGAUACUCUCCGGGAUAUAUGCCUUCGUUUCGGGGACAGAAGUGAGCCGCCAACGAACGUGGUACAUAAGCGCUAUAUUGAUGGGGGAUACCUUAAAGGGAAUGCUGUGCAAGUAUUCACAGCUGGGGGUGUCAGCUCGGGCCUUGAUGCUAGCUUCUAUAUCGUCCGCCAACUAACGACACCGGAGAUGGCCACUUUCGUGUCUCGGCUGAUGGAGUACGAUUGGACUGAAUUGGACGAGUGA